GAGCAGCUGCUGCAGCCGCCGGAGUCGGCCUGAGGCGCCGUCGUGACGGAGGCGAAGCGGGCGAGACGGGCGCAGAGGGAGGCGGAUCGCGAGGCAGAGACGCGGCCGGGCUGCUGCUGUCGCCACCAUGCUGGCGUUGUUGUCUCGGCUGCUGGACUGGUUCCGGUCGCUGUUUUGGAAGGAGGAGAUGGAGCUGACGCUGGUCGGGCUGCAGUACUCGGGCAAGACCACCUUCGUCAACGUCAUCGCGUCAGGUCAGUUCAGUGAAGAUAUGAUUCCUACAGUUGGUUUCAACAUGCGGAAAGUUACCAAGGGUAACGUCACGAUAAAGAUCUGGGAUAUUGGAGGACAGCCACGAUUCCGAAGUAUGUGGGAGCGCUACUGCAGAGGAGUUAAUGCUAUUGUGUAUAUGGUAGAUGCAGCAGAUCGUGAAAAAAUCGAAGCUUCUAGAAAUGAACUGCACAAUUUACUAGACAAACCACAGCUACAAGGAAUUCCUGUUCUAGUACUUGGAAACAAAAGAGACCUUGCUAAUGCUUUGGAUGAAAAGCAACUUAUUGAAAAAAUGAACCUGGCUGCUAUUCAAGACAGAGAAAUCUGCUGCUACUCCAUUUCCUGCAAAGAGAAGGACAACAUAGAUAUCACACUUCAGUGGCUUAUUCAGCAUUCAAAGUCUAGAAGAAGCUGAAAUCUUACAGAUAAACCCUCAGUUGGCCAUAAUCUCAAUUGUCUACUCCCUCCAUGAUAAAAUGUUAUCCAGGAUAGACUUCCUCUGUCCAAGGAAUUGCCUUUUUUUCCACAGUUUAUGCCUCCAUGUGCACUGCUGAAUGACUUACAUUCUUACUUUUGUCAAAGAAUCAGCUAAGAGUUAUCAUGAGUUGUGCAAAUGUUUUUAUUAAGUUCACCUAAACUGUGGCAGUGGGUGCCCCCUUCCCAAAAGCUAUCAUUUAAUCAAAGUGUGUUUCUGCUCUGGUCUUCCUGAGCCAGGUUUUAUAUUUGAUUUUCAGCAAACUUAUUUAAACCUUGUAUUUAGUGGCUUGCUGAAGAUGCUGACACAGGGCAGCAUGAGGAUUCUAGCACCACUUAUUGUACCUAAAAAGCUUUUCAAACACUGUCUAAAGGGGGUACUAACUUUUCUCUCAGAUGCAUGUGAUGUGUUUGUAAAUGGUUUGCAAUGGAAAGUACCAGGCACUAGAUAUUAAGUCCCUAAAUUAUCUUAAGUUCUCAAGUUUCAUUCAUCCCAAUGAAUUAGUCAUGUCAAAUUGUCGACUUUUUUUUAAUCCAUGCAGGCAUUGCUAAUAACUUUAUAUAUGUUAAGAUUCUUAAGUGGGAUAAGGCAUAGAAUACUUCAAACUAAAGCUUUCAAGAGUUUGUACAUACAAGCAGGUAAAACUUAAGCACCUCAGUCUAGACUAACAAUCAGUUUGCUCCUUGAAUUGCUUUGCAAAGUCUGUACAGCUGCAUGACACUUUGUGUCACACUGACAGCACAAAAGAAUCUCUCACUGUCUGGCUUGUCCUUCUGUUAAUGGAAUACUUGUUCACAGUUGCACUUGCUGCUAGGAAAUACCUAGGCUACUGUGACAACUCUAGGUUUACCUGCUUUCUCAGUGUGUAAUCAUGUGUAAAGUUCACAGGCUAUGAAAUGUUAAAUGGUGUUUUGAAGCACAAGAGAAUCAGUGAACAGAUCCUGUUCUUGGUUAGCUUCUACAGCAUAGAGGUGUAUGAACUAUAAAAACCUGUAACACUACUUCUGUAGCUUUACCUUCUUUGCUGUGUCAAUAUUUAAAGGGACAGACUUGUUAAGGCUGAUUUCAUUCAUACAGUAAUGUUACUGUAGCCUACUGUAUGCAUACAAAUAUAUGGUUACACCUGCUUGUGUUGCCCCUCUCUGUGUUGCUCAGUUUUUGCACUUGCAUGUACUUAGAUACGACACUUUCAGAGUCCUUGUUUGACACAUUUGGUACAUUUAGGGGCACGUACACAUAAAUGCACACAAACAUAUGUGCCUGAUCCAGUAAAAAAAAUCAAACCAAAACAGUUUAUUAAAAAUAAGCAUCUCAAAACUGGAUCAGGCUCUGCUAACAUCCUCUACUACCCUGCAUCCGUGGCACCUCUCUUCCAGCCUUUUACAGGCACUCCUAGUUAACAUCAAAGGGUUCUUUUGCUAAAAGGCCACAGACCAUGCCUUUACAGGAACAUAUGUUUGUAAAAGACUGGCAGUUUUGGCAACUUGUAUGGGUGAAGUAAAAUAGGAUCAUGCAGUGGCUGCAACUCUAGCCUAGUUGAGUGUUUUAAGGUAUGACAGGUGCAAGGUCUGAACUUGUACAGAGUUCCUGCAGCUAUGCCAUAGGUACUGAUUGGACCAAGGUAACCAACACAAAUCUGCCCUCGGACAACAAGCACUGCCAUGGCCUUACCGUUCCCAUAGCAAUUACUGCACUGUUGCACAGAUACAAGUAUUGCCUCCAUUUACAAAUUGAGCUUGCAGUUUUAACUUCGGUAUGCUUACAAGUGUAUUAUUGAUGCUGUAGCGACAGUUAAUUUGCUACUGUAGUUGUAGUUCACUAUGGACUGCUACACUUGACUAGAGCAACUCUACCUGUGCCUAAAAACAAGGAAGCUGAACUAGAAUGUGUUGCCCUUUCCUGUAGGAACCAAAUUACUGUUUAGAUAACUGGCCUAUUGCUGAACUCAGUGUGUUUGAUUUUUUUGCGUGUGUGUAUACUUCACCGCUUUCAGCAUUUUGACAUCCAAAAACCACUACCAACUUUUUAACCUGUGCAUUAGUCUCGGCAUGUGAACAACUUAUACAUUUAUCAAACUUUGUAAAUACGUGAUUUUUUUUUAUUUAGGUGGAUUGCAUUUUGUUGGUUUACUGCUGUUUAGCUUUAUCCAAUAAACUUGAGUUUUCAGGGUCAUAUUGA